CCGUGCACACUUCACCCUGAAAGCACAGAUGGCGGUCACAACGACUAUUGCCCGCAGACACCAGGUGUAAGUCAGCCACGAAGGACCGAAUCAAUAUAUCGGCUUCCCCAAAGUACUACCGUACCUGUGCAAUUCGUUUGGCUCAAGCAUAAGAAGCUGCACAUUGCCCAGCGGAAUGUCUUUUUGGUGUGGAUCUUCAGCUUACCACAACCUACUUCACGUGCAUGGCGAAAUAUCGAGAUCCAACCUUGCACAGCUUUUAGGCAUCAUUCAUAUCUUGUGGCAAUGCCCUCCCUCGCGCUCCUCGUCAGCCUGAGCACCUUGCUCCUGCAUGCUUAUGGUCAAACCAUUGUCGCUACCAACACGGGCGACCAGACGCAGAUCGUCAGCAACGGAGCCACGAUAAUCGAUGGAACGACCAUGUCCAGCUGCCCGGGUGCUGCAGUGCUCACAAAAUCUGGAAGUCAUAGCGGCGCAUAUUGCUGUAUCGAGAAGAACCCUGCGACAGCCACAGCCUCGACGUGCGCUGGUUUCCCCUUCUGCUCGGACAGCACUGCCAAUCCGAUGACUAUUUUCACACCCUCCUGCGAGGCUCUCAUCCCAAUGACUGCAAGUAACUAUGCACAACUUGUGGCGAGUGCGACGAGUAGUGUCUCAAUGAAGAGCGCAAGCCAGACGGCCGCGCCAGCCAGCACGAGUUCAGCAGGUGCUCAGACGACGAGCGACCCUACAAGCACAGCGUCCAGCGCGACACAGAACAACGCUGCUGCUUGCAUCUUCUCGAUGUCAGAGGUUUGGAUGUUUUCCGGGUUGGGGCUCAUGGCUGGUGUUUUUGCUGUUGUCGCUUAGAUUCGCAUUUCCGGUGGCUAUGGUGUGCAUAUCAGGCAAGGGCAAGGGCAAAGAAUAUUUGGGGGUUUCAUAUAGGCGUAGAUAUUGAACAAUUUCUCUUCAAAACCUGUUCAAGUACUGCGGCUGCCAUCUCAACGACCAGGACGAC